AUGGCGAAUAAGAGCAAGAUUCUGUUCAUCGGAGGAACGGGUUACAUCGGGAAAUAUAUAGUGGAAGCGAGCGCGAGAUCUGGCCACCCAACCCUUGUUCUCGUUAGAAACUCGACGCUCACUAGCCCCUCCCGAUCCAUCACCAUCGAGAAUUUCAAGACUCUCGGCGUUCAGUUUCUUCUCGGAGAUCUUGAGGAUCAUACGAGUCUCGUGAAUUCGAUCAAGCAAGCAGAUGUUGUGAUAUCUACGGUUGGUCACUCGCUCUUGGGACAUCAAGACAAGAUCAUAUCUGCCAUUAAAGAAGCUGGUAACGUUAAGAGAUUCUUUCCCUCGGAGUUUGGAAAUGACGUGGAUCGUGCUCACAGUGUUGAGCCUGCUAAAUCAGCCUACGCUACAAAGGCAAGAAUCCGCAGGAAAAUUGAAGCGGAAGGGAUCCCAUACACUUAUGUCUCUUGCAACUUCUUUGCUGGCUACUUCCUCCCGACUUUAGCACAGCCAGGGGCUACUUCUGCUCCCAGGGACAAAGUCAUCAUUUUGGGCGAUGGAACCCCCAAAGCUGUGUUCAACAAGGAAGAAGACAUAGGGACUUACACAAUCAACGCUAUAGAUGAUCCAAGAACCUUGAACAAGAUCUUAUACGUUAGGCCACCGAUGAACACUUACUCGUUCAACGACCUCGUCUCGCUUUGGGAGAAAAAGAUUGGAAAAACACUCGAAAGAAUCUAUGUUCCAGAAGAACAAGUCCUCAACCAGAUCACAGAAGCUUCGCCUCCAGUCAGCGUGAUGCUAUCACUUUGUCACUGCGUUUUCGUGAAAGGAGGACAGACAAGCUUCCAAAUCGAACCUUCGUUUGGAGUAGAAGCUUCUGAGCUUUACCCUGAUGUCAAAUACACUAGUGUUGAUGAAAUCCUCAACAACUACGUCUAA